AUGAACAAGCACACUGUCGACACAUUCCCGCUUGCCAGAAUCGACUCCAACGUCUACGAAAACUCCCCCAACAUCAUCCAGCACCCACACACCAUUGCUAGAGUAGAGCUCAGCGGUUCAAGCAACGACGAGUUUUACGAGGCGUCGCCAGUUUAUUUUCCUACUUUGCUAGACGAAACAAAUUACCCGUUUGUGGCGGUAACCACUAAACCACACAUGACCCAGCCACUACAAGAAUGUGAACUAAACCUAGAAGGCGUUGCCACCACCAACUUUCAUGCGUUCCCGUUUGGAAACGAUACAAGAACCGCCGACGAACUAGCACUCACCAAAAUCAUCCAACAUGAAAUGUGUCACCCCCACCGCCAAUCCUGGUGGUCACCACCAAAUCCAUGGUCAGACUACAUCGACCACACGCCACCGCUGCCUACCUCAUUCACACAACCAGAUGUAUAUUUAGAUCAAGUAUUUAGCGAAAUAUAUCUUUCCUAA